GAUGCGUUGCACCAGCGUGGCAUCAGAUCAGCCGCCAGGAGUGCUCAUCAGAGCAGUGCACUGCGUACAAGUACUUCGCCGCUGCCUGCCACAGCCAUACCUGCCGUACCCAUCCCUGCUUCGUCCUGAAGAAUGACCGUGUAGUAAGAAACCCAAACAGCACAGUCGCCAUGAUUGUGCGCCUUCCAGCCAACGCUACGCUGAACGUUCACGAGUUUCUGAAAGGUGUCGACAAGUCUGCAGCAGCGCACGAAUUUGACGCCACAAACUGUCUAGUCGCCGACAGGAGCAUUUUGUCAGCGUGGAUAGGAUCAUGCUCAAGCCUGCGGACCCUGCGCUGUGUCGGCUGCCCUAUACCGCUGAACAACCUGCUGUGGCUGCUACUGGAACGGCUUGUACAGCUGGAACAGCUCGAAUUCUCGCUCGCGAUCUCGCGUGCCGAGGUUGACGAGGUGACUAGGGCAGUUCGUCAGCGCUUCAACAGGGCGCCGGAUACCCUGGCGCACAAUCUGCGCCGAGUGUACACCGAGGUCAGCUGCGAUGAUAACGUUAUCCUCCUCUCCUUUCUGCUCCGCUUCUGCCCCAACGUGACCGAGCUUCAUGUGCACGUCUUGCACGGAAGUUUCCGCAGAUGCGUAGUCCAGGUGAAUCGCAUUUUGGCCUCAGGACCCCGGCUCGAGGGAUUCACAUUUUCCUCCGACAUACCACCAAAGCUAGAGUUUGUGCCAUUUGAAAAAACGUGCUUCAUCAGACAGUCGUUCGUCUGCGCCAACGUCAAUUUCCAGAACUCGAGCGGUCCCUCGAGCUGCGUUUGGCUACGCGACCUCAACCACACGCUUGCGGGCCGGGUGCUUCCCUCGCAACUGGUCCUAGUCUUAACUCACCACGCCGAUGUCCUAGGCGGAAUAAUCAGCGCGGCUAUUAGACACAUCUGGACGGCCGUCCGCGUUCUUUGUCUCGUCCUGCUUCCAGAGCAAUCUUUUUCGGCUGUACCCGAGCCGAUAGCCGACAUCGCCUACCUCAGCGGUCUGCGCGUGUUCUUUCCCGUCGUUCGGUACGUUGUCGAGCUGAACGUGAGCUCGUUCCACUUCGGUCAGGACCUGGACCUAACGAAACUGCUCCAAGACGCAGGACUCGUGUUCCUGCAGGCGCUCUCGACGCCGCCCUGCGGGCUCCACCAACCACUCGCGGCGCGGCGACUGGCCCACGUCUUCCGACGGCUCGUAGACCUCGACGUGCGCGUGGAACGGCGCGGAUACUUCCUCCGCUGCACCCUGUGCCAGCUCGAGUUCCGACUCAACCCCGCUGACGUGGCCGAGCUGCACGACACCUUCACGGGGUCUCGCCGCAGCCUUCGCCGACUCACGCUCAGCGGCAUACCCAAUCUGGGGUCCCUCGACUUUCUCCAGCGCUGCAAGGUGGAAGAACUCCGCCUCAUCGACUGCCCCUGUCCAUGUCACCCGGACUUCCCGAACCUCGGAGAACUGCUAACCAGCAACAGGAAUCUAAUUUUUCUGGCGCUUCGGCAACCCACACUGCCUUUCGGCACAAGGCAACUGGUGGUGAACGUGACCAGAGUUGAAAGGCUGGAGUACUUGUGCCUGCAGACGGGACUUGGCGUUCCCGAUAACACCGCGGAGACACAAGUGGCAGCGCUGGCCGCUGGACUGCCGAACCUGAAAUAUCUGCAUGUUCAUUACUGGGACCCGGCGAAUUGCAACGUGCAGCGCCUCACGUGGAUGCGUCUUGACAGACCGGAAGCUGGAGGCCGCAUGAUUUGGAACGAGGCCUGCAUGUUGUGUUCAACGGCCACAUUUAUAGGACUCGCCAAGCCCCGGAACCGGGGAUAUUUGUCUGACAUGACGCAUUAAACCGUCGGUGCAUAUGCGUUACGACGGCGAAGCACUUGUGCGUGAAAUUACCAUCCGCCGUGCACCAGUCGUGCGAAAAAGGUGGCCUCCAAGGCACCGAACAAUGCGUCCAACAAGGCGUCCAACAAAACUUGAAGCCUGUUUUCAACAGCCUGAGCUGCGACUUCUCCGACGGCUUGUCCUGCGUAUUUGAUGGUUUCGAGGCACAUUACUCUUUACCUCACUCAUGAAAUCAUUAAGAGUUCUUGCCUCGCUCGAUAUGUGUCCGUACAUUGAAGUAGCUGGUUCAUGGACUGAUUCCUCGUGUGAUCCGACGUGCACAAACGCCUGAAUCGCACAAGUUCCUAAUCAGGUUCCAACAAACCAAACAGCUAUCCUUAUGACAGGCGCCGCAUGUCGCGUCGGGCGCGAUGCAGAACGUCUUCACCAUUUGAGCAAAACGCGCUCGAUUCGACACGCGGCGCGUCUCGAAAGUGGCUGCUCUGAAUGCUAAGACUUGAGAGCCAGUUAGAACUUGCGGUCGGACUGGACUCUGCACGGAAGAGUGCGUGGAG